GACGUGUUCAGAUCUACUCUUGCUUCGUUAAUUUCAUUUCAUUUAGAUUUUCAUUUAUGUUAUAUAUAAUAUUGCGUUAAUUUGAUUUAAUUAUCUGUUGUUUAUUAAAAAACAUACAUACAUCAUACACCACUUUAGCGUUUAUAUGAAAAUCAGUAGGAAGAGUAAAAGCUUCUUCUCUUUUACCACGAAGUUCAAGGGGCGCCACUAUACGAAUCUUUAAACAUGAAAAAUGUCGAAAACCAACGUUUACGCCAACAGAAUCAAAAUAAUGGCAAAAUCAUUACGUAGCAAAUGGAAGAGAAAAUGCAGAGCUGUUAAGAGAGAACGUUAUGGUGCGAAAGAACUCGUCAGAUUGAAAAAGACUCUUGGUAUCGAUGAAAAUGGUGAUAUUGAAAUGCCAGAGAUAUCUGAGAUUGCUAAAGUGGUUGCUGCAAAAGACAUAAAAGAAAAUUCUAAAACAAAGGAAAAUCAUAAAAGUGAUAGUACAGAGAAAAUGGAAGUGGACAGUGGUAGAGUAUACGAUAAGAAAACAUUAAAGGAUCAAUAUGGAAAUUAUCCUAUCUGGAUGAAUAGACGAAAGAUAAUGAAACAUAAGAAGGGAAGAGCAAAGGCUGAUAAAGGUACUACGAAAACAAACAAAAGAUUAACUAGGCGACAGAAAAAAGAAUUGAAACAGAAGAACUAAUGUUAUACAUUUGUAAUUAUUAAAUGGUAAAUGUUUAUUUUGACACAAGAUAAAAAUAUACAAAAAUAUUAGAAUCAA